CACUUGAUCAGUACGAUUUGAUUGGAUAUAAUGAAAUGAAAUGAAACACAAAUAAAACAAGCACAUUAUUUAAAAUUUCACUUUUUUUAGAAAAUUAUUAACUGUAAAUUUUAGUGAAGUAUAUAUAUGUUAGUUAUUAUUUAUAUUUCAAUUUAACUAUAUUAUUAUUCUAUAUAAAAGAAAAGAAACCUUAUCACGAUUACAAUAUGCUUCAACCAGAUGAACUUGAUGCAAUAGAAAAAUUAAAUGAAUUAUGUGAAAAAGAAGAAAAAUUAGAUAAACAACCAUUAAAAAAAAAUCAUAAAAAUCAUCAUCAUGAACAUCAUAAUAAUAAUUUAUCAUCUAUAUUUCGUUGUAGUGAUACACGUACAUUGAAAGCAAUAAAAAAUCUACCGAAAGAUGAAUUCAAUACUACUAAUACUACUACUGAUACUACGACUACUACUAAUACUACUACUACUACUACCAAUACUACUAAUAAUAAUCAUAAUAAUAGUAAUAUAGAUGAUAAUCAUUUAAUACCAACUGGUUUACCAAGAAUUCAAACAAAAAUUACUGUUAAAAUAUUAAAAUAUGAUUGUUGUAUCACAGUAAUAUUAGAUCCAACAACUAAAUUAAAUACAAUUAAAGCAAUGUAUGAUUUAAAUGAACAACUUAUUAUUAUUGGUUAUCAACGUUUAAUUACAUUAAAAACAUUAGAUCAUUUACCAAUGAAAUUUAAUGCAAUUAUUGAACAAAAUAAUAAUUUAAAUUAUGAUUUAACAACAUACGUUGAACAUAGAUAUAAAGUGAAUUUAAAUAUGUAUUAUUUAAAUUCAGCGCGUGUAAAACAAAAAAAUAAUAUUGUUUAUAUUAUUAUACCGCGGAAAAUUUAAAUAUAUAUAUAUAUAUAU